CAAACACGUUCUGGAACAACCUCCCACCUGAUGAGGUCAGAAUGUCUAGGGUGGGAGCGAGGCUGCAAUGAACAGAGGAUUAUUGUUUGUGUUAACUGACUGACAGUCUUCUAUUCCAUCCUCUUGAAAUUGAGCGGAAAAAAAGACGGGAUGGACCCUACAUCUUCAGAAGCACAUGGGUGGUCUAUUCUCCAGAAACUAAAUGAACAGAAGUCCAUGGGCCUUUUUUGUGAUGUCUCCUUGAUGGUUGAGGGUAAAAUAUUUCUUGCCCAUAAAAAUGUUCUUUCAGCUUGUAGUGAGUAUUUCUACGCAGCACUAAGCAGAAAUGAGCAGCAGCAGUUUUUAGUUCUAGACAAUGUUAGUUUGGAAGGUUUUAGUCAUCUUCUAGAUUUUAUAUACACCUACAAAAUCCCUACUUGUCAUGUCCAAGACUUUAUGCAGGCUGCUCAGCUCUUGCAAGUUAGUCUCCCGCUCACAGUUCAAGUGGUCAGUGUACCCAGCAGUCCACGUAACGGUAGUCCAAAAGAAGAAAUCUGCAUCCCAGAUGAUGAUGAUUAUCGUGUGCCGACUCAGGAUUCAGAGUUGAGAGAUACUGAGAGUCAACCAAAACGCGAGAGAAGCCGACAGGAUAACCUUCAAAGUAUUAGCAACAGUCUGUAUAAAGGGGAAAGAAGACGGUUGGAAACCAUGACACAGAUAAAAGACAAUGCAAUGGUACACAAAAGGCCAACAUUUUAUAAAGAAACAUAUGUGGUUCGAAAGCCUGGAUACUUUAUGAGGACUCAACUUUCAAAGAGUGGAAGGUUGGGGAGAGAAAGUCCUGUGGAUGACUGUAUGGAUAACUCCUUUAUUAACACAGGUUAUUCCAGACAGGUGCCUAUUACAAUUCACAAUGAUGGUUCUUCAGAAGAAGCAGAUGACGAAGCAGCAGAUAUUUGCAUUGAUUUAUGUGAUGAGCCUGAUACACCUGAUAGUUUAGAACCAGUGAAGAACUUGAGAUUACGUGGUGAGUCACUUAAACCCAAGAUCUUCUCUACUGUAGUUGGAUUGGAGAAUUCAAAUGUGAUGGAAAGAGUCAAUGGGAGUGAAAACCUUUCUGAAGUAGUCCACAAAUGUGACAGAUGUGAACUACUACUGACUUAUCCAGAAUUCUUAAAUCACCAGGAUGAUCCAGGAGUAAAAAUUCUCCAGUGCAGUUUUUGUGAGAAACAGUUCAAUUACAGUUGUCAGCUGUCAUUGCACCAGUCAAGCCACCAUGACAAGAAGUUUUACCAAUGUGACCAAUGUGGGAAAGAACUAACUACACUGAAGAAGUUACAUGACCACAUUGCUUACCACUCUGAUGCCAGGCCUCACAAAUGCCAGCUUUGUGACAAGGCAUAUAAAGUAAAAAAUGAUCUCACUCAGCACAUUCGAACAAAGCACAUAGAGGCGUCAACAGGAAAACCACCACUGCUCCAACUUUGUGAAUUUUGUGGCCAAGCCGUGAAGCAUUACAAGAGCCACAAAAUCUUUUGCAGUGGAGUGAAGAAAUUUAAGUGUGACUUUUGUGUACAGUCUUUCCAUCGGAUCUCAGAGUUAAAACGGCACACAUGGACACAUACCGGAGAACUUCCAUAUCGCUGUAAAAUCUGUGGGAAGGGAUGUAGACAUCCAAGUAACAUGAAGAAGCACAUUCGUACUGUUCACAAAGCAGAUAUGCGGGUGCAAAUCAACAGAGAGCAUGCAUCUCCAAGAUUCUUCAAGAACAGGAGGCCAGCAGCUAAAUUUUCAGGGCAUGUGCUCCCACAGGUUCUUCCUUCUAAUCACUCAUUGCCAGUUCCUGCCUCUACUGGGGAUCACAACAUCCAGACAGACUCCUCCGUAUCUCCAGUAUCACUUUCCUACAUCUCCAUCUUUACAGUAUCAAGUCUUACCUUGAGUCAUACUCCAGAGCUGUAUUCACAAUUCUGCAGUUGCAAAUAUUUAAGAUCAGUUAUGCAAUUUGCUGAGUUAGCAAAGUGCUUUACUCUAAGUAUUAGCAUAAAGAUGACGUUUCCUACAGUACAAGCUUGGUGCAGACAUGGAAAUUCAGAAUUACAGUAUAUACUGUACUUGUUUACAUCUAGAGAUAAGCAAAUCGAUUAGUCUCAUCAGGAGUUCUUCACCUGCUGCUGAACAUGCUUCCUAUGCCACUUGAUUGACUUGCCUGACCCUAAGAAUCUUGCGUCUGCGCUGCUGCUUUGAAUGACUGCACAAGCGCAUAGGCUCUGCUUCUGCUCCUGGAACAGCAGAAGCAGAGGAAAGAAACUUGGCAGUCAUGGUCGGAAGAGGGAGAGGCCACAAGUCUCAUCGGACUAGACUCCCCUUGCACCACUAGCGCAAACUGCAAGGAUCGCCCGGUCAGUACUGAUAAAGUACUGAAUGUUAGUCCAGAGGUGGCAGCCUGCUGGAAUCAGUGGGUCUGUCACUAUACCCUGCUGCCCUCAGUGUCUAUAAAAUGAAACACCCCCUUUGCAAUUUUUAUGUUUCGUUGUGUAACAUUAUACUACAGUGAAUAUAAUAAGACUUUUUAACACCAAUCAACAGGAAUAGAUUCUUUAUUGUUGUAGUGAAACUACAGUUGCAUCAAAAAGUAAGUGAACCCUUUAGAAUUAUCUGGAUUUCUGCAUUGAUCACUAAUAAAUAUAUCCUGGUUGUUAUCGAAGUCAAAAUUUUAGACAAACACAAUCUAACUAAA